AUGGACGACGCUUCCGGUGAGCCGCGAAGAUUGCGCAAGCGGCCCUUCGCUUGGGCGAGCGACUCUAGCGGGCACAGUGAGGAGCGAAGCAGCAGCAGCUCUGAACAGGAGCAGGCAGAUGACACAUGUGACAGAUGGGAAGAUCAGCAAACCGUGGAGAUCCACACCCAGGUCUCUGAAGCGGUGGAGUAUUUCCAGCUGCGGGAACAGUCCAUGAACGACCAUGGUGCGCCCACAAAGAUGGGUGCCGGCCCCCGCGGCGAGCGCGUGGUGGUGAGGCGGCAGGAGCGGUUGCAGGCACUCCGAGGGCGACGGCCCUUGAUGCUGCGCGAGAUUGCGAAGCAGUUGAGGGGUCGCGGCUUUGUGCGCUUGGUGGACUUUUUGGGCCCUUCAGUUGGGUCAAAUCUGCUGGAGGGCUUUGCCCAACUGUCCUGGCAGCCUGGGCGUUUGGGGGAUGCCCAAUCCAGCGAUCAGAGCAGAUCCCUCCGCGGGGACGAGAUCGCCUGGCCCAGCCUCUCUGAAGCUGGACGAUUUGGGGAAGCCUUGCAGCGCUGGAUGCAGGCGCUCGAUGAGUUGGUCGCAGACCUGCGUCUUCAUCUCAACCGCCCAGACGAGCUCUUGCGCGUGGAGCGCCGAGAGCCACCGAUGGCCUCCUGCUAUCCUCAACAUGCACGGUACAUCCGGCACUAUGACAACAACUGUGACGAAGGCUUGGGCGAUUGCAACGGGCGGCGGCUCACAGCUGUGUAUUACCUCAACAAAGGGAUGUCUCACAGUGAUGGCGGGCACCUGCGAAUAUUGGGCCAGCGCGGCAUUUAUGAUCUCCUCCCGGACUUCGAUACUUUGACCCUCUUCUGGGCAGAUCGACGAACGCCGCAUGAAGUGAUGCCCAACUUGAGCGAACGAAAGCGCUUAGCACUCAGUUGCUGGUAUGUUGAUGUGACAGAAGCACCUGAUGCUCCAGCCUUUCCCAUGCGCCUGGAGAGUCAAUCAACAGGGAGAGGGGUGACAUGUGAAGUCACCAAAACGCAUGAUCUGGCCUCCCAACAACGUCAACGUGAAGACGUAAAGCAGAAGAUAUGA